GGCAAAUGCCACUACAAAUGUGUGAAGCACUGACUCUGUGCACCCUUGGGUACAUCCCCAUCUCACUUCUCCCAUCGACACUACUUCCUUCCUCUGUGGGUGGGCUUUGCCUGGUCAGAGAUGACUUCCAUUGCACUAAUAGCGGGGCCGCAGUUUCUAGGAAUUUGCUUCAACUGGGCGUUGCUGGGGUUGCUGAACUUGCAAGUCUAUCUGUACUAUGAUUACUUCCCCAAGGAUCCAUGGCUCCUCAAAUGCUUAGCAUACGGCAUGCUUAUCUACGAAUGGGUCCAGACCGGCUUGAUCACAGAGGCUGCGAUGAGCAUUUAUGUCUACAACUACGGCGAGGUGAAGGACCUGCUCGAGUUCCACAACACGUGGUUCUCCGCAACCAUGAUGUGUGGCAUCAUCUCGGCCACUGUGCAGUUGUACUUCGCGUGGAGGAUCUGUAAGCUAUCAAACUCGCGCGUAUUGGCGGGCAUCAUCGUCGUGCUCUCCGUUCUGCAGUGCGUCGCGUCUCUCGUGGCCGGCGGGAUUGAGAAGUCGAUCGGCAUAGCUUAUGCGAUCGAAAGCAAACUCAUAAAGGCAGUGGUCCUCUGGCUGUCAGCAAGUGCGCUCGUGGAUGUAUUGAUCGCCGUAACAAUGACGACCUUGCUACUUAAGAGCAAGACGGGGAUCACAUCCACCGAUGCACUUAUCAACCGGAUGGUCCGGCUUGUUGUGGAGACAGGCACACUGACCGCAAGUUUGUCUAUCAUCGUAUUGAUCACUGCAAAAAUCGAACCGUUGUAUGGAACGUUAGUCUACGAAGCGCCCUUGACAGCUCAAGCCCUUAUGACGUCUUCCCAGCGCGCUGAUAUUGACGAAGAUGUACGUGGUCUAUCUACUAUCUCUGUUGCAUUCGUUUCGCCAAUCCACGUCCCAAGGUACUCCAAUACGUUUCUGACAAACUUAAACAACCGCAAGUUCAUACGGAGACGAGAUGCGACCAUGAUCGAGCUCGUACCGAUGAGUGAGCUGCAUUUCGCACAGAAUGUCACUGUCCAACAUGUCGAAACCUCCACACGACCUGUGAUGGAGUCAUCGACGAGUGAUGCUGCCAGCGUGGCUUUUGUGCGGAAGGGAUUGGGAGCACCAUGUAAUGGCUUGACAUUUUUCCCGCGGAGCGUUCUCGAGGCACAGACCAAGCGUCCUGUCCGGCGAAAUUCGGUCGUCUGA